UUUCCCCCAUCAAUUGUCAAUGGGUCUGAUGGACCAGCUCUCUGUAUAAAAGACAGGUCAGAUCAGACCUCAGACAUAGAACCAGAGCAUCAGCUAGACUUCUGACACAGAACCAGACCAGAGCAACAGAGACCAGAACAUUAGAGACCAGAACAUCAGAGAUCAGAACAUCAGAGACCAGAGCAUCAGAGACCAGAACAUCAGAGACCAUCUCAGACAAUAUAAUCUUCAGCAUCUCAACCAUCUCUGAACCAUGAAGACCCUGACUGCUCUACUUCUCCUGGGACUGCUCUGCUCCCUCCAUACGACUUCUGCAGGUGUCAUUUCGUUGGACACGGCAGCUGACUGCUGUAUGAAAUUCAGCACGAGGAUCCCUCUUCAACAAGUGGUUUCUCUCAGACCAACUUCCAGUAGCUGCCCUCGCAAAGCACUGAUUUUCACCACAAAGAAAGGGAAGACAUUUUGUGUUGACCCUUCUGAAGCCUGGGUCCAGAGUCAUGUGACCAAGAUUGAGAGCAGAUCAACUGCUGCCAAGACGACAAUGAUGUCAUAAACCACCUUCACCCCCUAACACCCUAACCCUUGGUGGUGCACUAUAAAGGGAAUAGGUUGCCCUUAGUGACGCAGACCUUGUCAGGCAUGUUAAUACCCUAUCUGAGAUUGGUAUGGAGUAGGUUCAAUGUAAUGUACUAGGUUAAUACCCUAUCUGAGAUUGGUAUGGAUUAGGUUCAAUGUAAUGUACCAGGUUAAUACCCUAUCUGAGAUUGGUAUGGAUUAGGUUCAAUGUAAUGUACCAGGUUAAUACCCUAUCUGAGAUUGGUAUGGAUUAGGUUCAAUGUAAUGUACCAGGUUAAUACCCUAUCUGAGAUUGGUAUAGAGGAGGUUCAGUGUAAUGUACUAGGUCAAUACCCUAUCUGAGAUUGGAAUAGAGGAGGUUCAAUGUAAAAUGUACUAGGUCUAGGAUGUACGAAUUGUUUAUUUUUCUAUAACUGUACAAAUAUUUGACAUGUAGCUAGCUAUUCAGUAACCUAUUUAACAUUUUAUAUUUUAUACAUUUGCUGAAGAUUUCAAACAUCCUGUGAAAGAAUGGUUCAUAUUAUUCAAUGAAUGUAUUAAUGUGUUGUAACUAGGUCUAUUCUACUGAUAUAGAUAUUAAUGGGUUGUUACUAGGUCUAUUCUACUGAUAUAGAUAUUAAUGGGUUGUAACUAGGUCUAUUCUAAUGUGUAGAUAUUAAUGGGUUGUAACUAGGUCUAUUCUACUGAUAUAGAUAUUAAUGGGUUGUAACUAGGUCUAUUCUACUGAUAUAGAUAUUAAUGUGUUGUAACUAGGUCUAUUCUACUGAUAUAGAUAUUGAUGGGUUGUAACUAGGUCUAUUCUACUGAUAUAGAUAUUAAUGGGUUGUAACUAGGUCUAUUCUACUAUAGUGAUAUAGAUAUUGAUGGGUUGUAACUAGGUCUAUUCUACUGAUAUAGAUAUUAAUGUGUUGUAACUAGGUCUGUUCUACUGAUAUAGAUAUUGAUGGGUUGUAACUAGGUCUAUUCUACUGAUAUAGAUAUUGAUGGGUUGUAACUAGGUCUAUUCUAUUAACACAGAUAUUGUAUUUUUCUACUAUACUUUCAACUGUUGUGCAUCAGUCGUUUUUUUAAUAAAUGAAGGUUUCUGAAGAA